UGGUGCACAGUUACGCACCACAAGGUAAAAAAAAAAAAAAAAAAAAAAAUAAAUCCUUUGACACAAUUGCACCCAAUUCGUACAGAAGGCGCCAGUAAGCCACAAAAAGGUAAAAACCUCCUGCUGUGAAGAGAUACCAUCCACUAACCAUUGAUCCAUCAAAGCCCCUACUUGUAUAGAAGCGACCUUCUUCGAUCUCCCUACACCUGGCCCCCCUACUCGCCCGUGCAGACAGAACCCAACUCUAUCCCUUCCCUUCACAGUCCGAUUGUUAAAAUUAGCAUCAUUGCUUAAAACGGAAAACGUGGGACAAGAAAAAAUAUCUUGUCAAGCAGAAAGAGAAUUCCUUGACACACACAGACCAUAGUUGUGUAUUUUUUGGCAGAGACAUACGUCUGUGCUCAAGUAGACGCUCUCUCAAGCGGGUAGUCUCUUCUUAUCUCCUAUCUCGAGAUGAAAUCAAAACACGUGGAGUUGGCGAACUUUGUGUUCUGCCAGAUACUCACCAACCCAAUCUUGUGGUGCAUGGUGGGCCUUGUCCUGGGGACAAUCCUCCAUGUGUACCAGCUCCAGUACUACGUUGCGCGUGGUCUUGAGAGCAAUGUGUACAUGUCCGAGUUUGUACUGGACAUGUUUCUGAAUGUGGUCACUUUAUUGUUUGUGGUUCGGUUCCUCUUUGAUGGGUCCAAGCACCGAUCUCUUUACUUUGAAGCCUUGGGACUUGUUGCUCAGAUCUAUAUCAGUUAUUUGGUGGUAUUUGAUGGGUUUUUCGCCAUUGGAUCCCCUUCUGAUCAACAAGCUGGAGGGUCGCAUCAUAUCACGGCCAUUCACUUACUAGUACAGUCCCAGAUCGCAUGUUCGGUCCUCACUCUGUGGAUGAUUCUCUACGAGCAAUACACCACUGGGUCAUGUCUCUCGACGGCGGUUUCACAAUGCAAUAACGCCUUUUUGCCCGUACUUCUUGCCCAUUCCUUCAGGUUUGUCUACACGGACUUUGAUGUGUUCAGAGUCAAUGUGGGGCAAACCAUGCCCAUCAUCCACAGCUGGGCAAUGUACCUGCUCAAGUUCUAUUGUGUUUUCGAGUAUCUAUUCUACGAAAUUGGUGAGAUUUCCGGCCUUUAUCGUAAGGAAUGGUGUGUUUACAAGCGAUGGAUCUUGUUGAUAUCGUUGAUAAUAUUCAUUGGGUUUGAUAUGAUGUAUUUAAUUGGCGGGUUGGCUAUAUAAUCCUAAUAGAAAAUGUAUAUUGUCGAUC